AUGAAGUUCAAGGCCUUCUUCACCGACGAUGGCAUCUCCCUCCUCGACAAGCGAUUCCUACCGGCCAUGGACAAGGUGGGGCGCGUCUGCCAUGUUUUCUUCACGCCCACGCACGCCAUGCUCCUCCACAACCUGCUCGGCGCCACGGCCGCUGGGCCCGACGGCGGCGGCCCGCAGUGCGUCGCGCAGUUCGCCAAGGACCUCCUCUUCCGUGAGUACAACGUGUCCUCGCGAAACGGGAACCAAAUCGCCUUCUCCGUCGAAGUCGCGCUGCUUCACCGCGCGCUCCGCAGCGUGCUCGCCGUCCACGCGCAGCCGCCGGCCGCCGGGGACGCCCCUGGUGCCCCCGCUAUACAGGUGAAGCUCGUCAACAAGCUGCCCGCAGGGUCACGAACCGCCACGCCAUUCCUCACUUUCGAAACCAAGGGCGCCCGCGCGGCCGUCGUGCAGGAUGUGCCCAUCUCGCGCCCUCUCUCACGCUCCGACAUUGAGCGGUUGCAGGCCGCCCUUGACGCUGCCAAGGAUCUCCCUCAGACUCUAGUCCAGGUUCCUGAUCUGCCACAACUGCAAAGCUUAGUGGAUCGUUUGAAAAAUGUUGGUGAUCUGCUAACAGUGGCUGUCACCCAAUAUGGUGAUCUCCAUCUACAAGUUUCUACUUCUCUUGUUACUGUUGGCUCUGAAUUUCGGAAGCUCCGGGUUAUUGGUGAUCGUGCAAAUGCACCUGUUGGCAACCAAAAUCUGACUUCUUCGACUCGUAUGGAUAUGGCAGUUGAGAAAGGCGAAGCACUUUCAGUGCAAGUGAAUAUGAAGCACCUUGUUAAGAGUCUACACUGUCAUUUGGCCAAGCCAGACUGUACCUUCUAUGGUAUUGCCCCUGGUGGUGCUUGUUUAACAGUAGUAUUCCAGUAUUUCAUCCCAGGAACUAGAUUGGCAGACAAGUCCAUUAGCUUCUACUGCAGGCUUCCAGUCCUCGACCCUGGAUCCAGUUAA